UCAUUUCUCUGCCCACUUCCUCCGCUCGCCUUGAGAGGGGGAAAAAGUCUUCUUGAUACCCCGAAACAUAUCUGAAAUUUGACUGCAAAUUCCUCGAUUUUUUGGUGAAUCGGUCGCCAAUUUCGAGCUCCGCGCGAUUCCUCGGUGGAGUAGAGGCCGAUUCGUCGAGCAGCGAUGGAAGAAGGAGAGAAUGAAGCGGCAGUGCUGGCGGCGGCGGCGGCAGGAAGUGUGGUGGAGAGUCUGAUGGCGGCGGUGGAGGAGAUCGCCGCCAUCUCGGACUACCGGAAUGCCUACAAGAAACAGUUUUGCAACCUCUCGCGGCGGAUCAAACUGCUGGCGCCCAUGUUCGAGGAACUCAAGGAGAGCAAGGAUCCGAUCCCCCCUCGGGCGGUCAGAGCUCUUGAGAAGCUCAACGGGGCUCUCGAUUCGGCCAAGGACCUCCUCCGGUUGGGGAGCGAAGGGAGCAAGAUCUUCCUGGUCCUGGAGCGAGAUAGAAUAAUGGAAAGAUUCCAAGAAAUUACAUCUCAACUUGAAGUGGCAUUAAAUGAAAUUUCCUUUAAUGAGAUUGACAUAUCAGAUGAAGUAAAAGAACAGGUUGAGCUCGUGCAUGCCCAGUUUAAAAGAGCCAAAGAACGGAUCGAUACUACUGAUCCUGAAUUGUAUGCUGAUUUGUCAAGUGUUUGUCAUAUGAAUGCUGAUGCCAGAAUAGAUUCUCCCAUCCUGAAGAGAUUGGCAGAAAAAUUACAGAUGAUGACCAUAUCAGACCUCAAGCAAGAAUCACUUGCCUUGCAUGAGAUGGUUGAUGCCAGUGGUGAUCCUGGAGAAGUUAUUGAAAAGAUGUCAAUGCUGCUAAAAAGGAUUAAGGAUUUUGUCCAGACUCAAAAACCAGAAAUGGGCACUCCAAUGAGUGCCAUGGUUAUUCCUUCUCAUGGAACAAGUAAAACUCCUGUUGUUCCUGAUGACUACCGUUGUCCUAUAUCCCUUGAACUGAUGGGAGAUCCAGUGAUUGUGUCCACUGGACAGACUUAUGAACGGGAGUUCAUUAAGAAAUGGCUGGAAGCAGGGCACAACACAUGCCCAAAAACACAACAGAGACUAUCCAGUACCUCACUGACCCCAAACUAUGUCCUUCGCAGCUUGAUAGCUCAGUGGUGUGAGGCUAAUGGCAUGGAUCCUCCCAAGCUCCCAGCUAGAACUGGCAAGCCUCUGUCAGUUUGCUCUGCAGGUGAACAUGCUAAGGUUGUUGAUCUUCUUCACAAGCUAUCAUCACAAAACCUUGAGGACCAACGAUCAGCUGCCGGCGAACUUCGCCUUCUUGCAAAGCGGAAUACUGACAAUAGGAUCUGCAUAGCGGAGGCUGGUGCCAUACCUCUUCUUGUGAAUUUGCUAUCUAUGCAGGAUGUGCGCACACAGGAGCAUGCUGUUACUGCACUUUUGAACCUCUCUAUCUAUGAGGAGAACAAGGGAAAGAUAAUUGUCUCUGGUGCUGUACCUGGUAUAGUGCAUGUUCUUAAGAGGGGCAGCAUGGAAGCACGCGAGAAUGCUGCAGCAACACUCUUCAGCCUCUCAGUGGUGGACCGGAAUAAAGUCAUAAUUGGUGAGUCAGGAGCAAUCCCCCCUCUUGUUUUGCUGCUAAGUGAAGGCAGCCAAAGGGGCAAGAAGGAUGCUGCAACGGCACUUUUCAACCUGUGCAUUUACCAGGGUAACAAAGGAAAGGCUGUGAGGGCUGGGGUGAUACAUACACUAAUGGGACUCUUGACAGAUCCAGAAGGAGCUAUGAUGGAUGAAGCACUAGCUAUCAUGGCGAUACUCUCAAGUCAUCCUGAUGGGAAGGCAGCAAUCAGGGCCGUGGAGGCAUUGCCAAUGCUGGUAAAGGUGAUAAGAAGUGGGUCACCCAGGAACAAGGAAAAUGCAGCAGCUGUCUUGGUGCAUCUCUGUAAUGGGGAGCAGCAGCAGCAACAUCUUGCUGAGUUGCAGGAGCAAGGGAUGAUGGUUCCCUUGCAGGAAAUGGUAGAAAGUGGCACCAAUAGAGGCAAGAGAAAGGCUGCACAAUUGCUCGAGCAAAUGACCAGGUUCCUGGAGCUGCAGAAGAAAGCGGAAGCUCAAGCUCAAGCUCAAGCUCAGGCUCAAGCUUGGACACAGGCACCAGUGGACCAGUCAAUGGAUACAGCUUCAUCAGCUUUUACCGUUCUAUAGCUAGAAUGGUCUUUGCAUGUUUAACACGGUGAAGUAAUUGGUAAGAUCGCCUGCGUUGCUGAUUUGUGAGUUAAUUGGCGUGUUAUUAUGCAUGAACUGGGGAAGCUAAGUCCGAUGCGAGAAGAUAGUCACAACUGCCAUAACCUAGGGAAAUAUGAACCUAGGGAAAUAUGUCCCAAGUAUCGAAAGAGUUAUUCAUAAUAUUGUGCCAUGGCGUUGAUGUAAGGUUAUCACCCUCAAUUUUUAUGGAGGAGUCGCAUCUGUUGAAUAUGGCUCCCCAAAGCACAUUGUAAGCUUCUAAAUAUUUCAGUAACCAUGUAUUCUCAUUAAUUCUACCCAUGUAGCUUCAUCUGCUUGUUGCCAUUAA